UAUCCCAUUAAUCGAAGAAAAUAGUAAUAAAGCCAGCUCUAGUAAAAAUAAUUUAUCUUAUUCUGAAACAGAAAUCGAUAAACCUGAUCUAAAUUUAGAAAAGUUUGUAGAUAUGUUUAAGAAAUUAUCUAUAAAGACUAAUUUAUCCAGUUUCGAUUCAAAAUCCACGGGUUCAGACUG